CUCCAGGAGGAGGACAAUCGCCUUUCAUGCUCGCAGCUUAAAUUGUAACAUUCCCCCCCGGCCGAUGCUUGCAUGCUUGUUUUUGUCCUGUGCACGUUUACUUCCCUUAAAAAUCCAUUCAUUUAGUCCAAAUCCGAGUCAGCAAUCAGGGUUCGUCGUGGCUUCUGCACUCGACCCUCUUUGAGUCGACUCAUCUUUUUAUGCCUGAUCUAUUGGGUUUCAGAGUGGGUGUUGUCACAGGACAAUGAUCGAGCGACCCGACUCAGCUGUUUCCAGCGUUGCACAGAGGAAUCUGGAGGGUUAUGUCGGCUUCGCCAACCUCCCGAACCAGGUGUACAGGAAGUCCGUGAAGAGGGGGUUUGAGUUCACACUCAUGGUUGUCGGUGAGUCUGGACUGGGCAAAUCCACGCUCAUCAAUUCCCUCUUCCUUACAGACCUGUACUCCAAAGACUACCCUGGCCCAUCUCAAAGGAUCAAGAAGACUGUUCAGGUGGAACAGUCCAAAGUGCUGAUAAAGGAAGGGGGCGUCCAGCUCACACUGACCAUCGUAGACACACCAGGCUUUGGAGAUGCAGUGGACAACAGCAACUGCUGGCAGCCCGUCAUCAACUACAUCGACAGUAAGUUUGAAGACUUCCUGAAUGCCGAAUCCCGCGUAAACAGGAGGCAGAUGCCUGACAACAGGGUGCACUGCUGCUUGUACUUCAUCGCCCCCUCUGGUCACGGACUGAAACCUCUUGAUAUCGAGUUCAUGAAGCGUCUUCAUGACAAAGUCAAUGUCAUCCCCCUCAUUGCCAAGGCUGAUACUCUCACGCCAGAGGAGUGCCAGCUGUUCAAAAAACAGAUUAUGAAGGAGAUCCAGGAGCACAAAAUCAAGAUUUAUGAGUUUCCGGACACAGAGGAUGAUGAGGACAGCAAACUGAUCCGAAAGAUAAAGGAGAAGAUGCCUCUGGCAGUGGUUGGCAGCAAUGUGGUGAUCGAAGUAAAUGGCAGGAAGGUUAGAGGGCGUCAGUACCCCUGGGGUGUGGCAGAAGUGGAGAACGGUGAGCACUGUGACUUUACAGUCCUGAGGAAUAUGCUCAUCAGGACACACAUGCAGGAUCUGAAGGACGUGACCAAUAAUGUACAUUAUGAAAAUUACCGGAGUAAGAAACUAGCAGCCGUCACCUGCAACGGGGUCGACGCCACCAAGAACAAGGGCCAGCUCACAAAGAGUCCCCUGGCCCAGAUGGAGGAGGAGAGGAGGGAGCAUGUGAUGAAGAUGAAGAAGAUGGAGACAGAGAUGGAGCAGGUCUUUGAGAUGAAGGUCAAAGAAAAGAAGCAAAAACUGAAGGACUCUGAGGCAGAGUUGGAGCGGCGUCACGAACAGAUGAAGAAGAAUCUAGAAGCUCAGUAUAAAGAGCUUGAGGAGAAGAAGCGCCAGUUUGAGGAGGAAAAGGCCAACUGGGAGUCCCAGCAACGCAUCCUGGAGCAGCAGAAACUUGAUGCAUCAAAGACAAUGGAAAAGCACAAGAAAAAAGGAAAAAUCUUUUAAAGACAUCAUGAAGCUGUCCUUAUAAAACCAGAAACUCCUUGCAUCUCUUUUGAUGCUCUGAUGUUUUAUGACCCCAUAAGAAACGCAUGCUGAAGUGCUACAUUACAGUUUACUGCACUUUCCAUUGUAACAUGAAUGAAAGGAAUGAAAUGUAGGAUAUUUUUAUAGUCACAUCCACAUUCGCCCUCUUCUGGUUGACUGUUAUAUUGCACCACAUGCCCAGUGUGUCAAGUAUGUUCUCGACCUCUCGAUUAGAGUGAGAAUAUUGACCAACAUUCCUUUGAAACUUUAAAUUGUGGUUAUUACAAACAAUUCUUUAUGUUCUUAAUAAUUUCAGUACAGUACAGUACAGACAGACACUUUCAGCUCUUCUGUCCAUAUUCACACAUCUUAGUGUUAGAUGGUCUGGUGGUAGGUUUGUAUGGGUGUGAUGGAGAAUCAGACAGAAGCAAGUGCUUCAUGAGUUCAUACAGAGCUAAGCAUGUAUGUGUUGAAAACAAAGCUAUGGAUAAAUGGUUUUUGGUUUCUGCUGGUGUGUGAGACAUGAUGUUGUGUGUUUCUUAGGGGUCAUAAAUAUUUGAAGACCUGUUUUAACAUUAAUGCGCAGCUAAAUUAUGACAAUAACAGUUUUCCAUGUGUUUAAACCCGUUUGCUGGCUGUGUACGUAUAUAAUUUUGUCCCUACCAUCGAUGGUGUUAUACAAAAUGAUCAUUGAUAUUAAUAACAAUUGUCAUUUCUUUAUAUGGAUGGAUAUAAAAUAAUUACAAUAAUAUUACAGGAUAUUGCGCGAUCAUUCUGCCUUAAAAUUGCAGACUUUUACGGCAUUUGUCUGCUCAUGUUUUAUUCUUUUUUUUUUUUGUGAUCCGAUUAUGUUAGAUGUCCCUCAAUAUGUUCCUAAACUGAUCUGAGACCAGUUCGUUUGGAUUUUUAGUUGUUAUGGCUGGUCCUAGAUCAGUUUAUCUAAACAGAUGUUAUUUUAGCCAUACUCACCCAGAUUACCCUUUAUAAUAAACUCACUUCACAUUCUAAAUGUCAAUGAUAGUGGAAGUUUAGAUUUAUAACACACAGGCUCCAGGUCUAACACAUGUCAAAUAGACCGUAACGUGCACAAAACUCUCAAUGCAAAGGGCAUUAUUAUAUUAUAGCACUAUUAUAUAUGUUGAAGGUUUGUCAUUAUGCAGGUUUGAACACUCAGUUCUUCCUGUUGUGCAUCACUAAAAACCACACAGAUGCUCUAAAGCAUGUUUAGUUUAAGGUUUUUAGUAGAACAGUAUUCUGGGAAAAAGUAAAAAUCUGUUCUUUAAACACUACACUUUUUUUAUAGUACACCUGAACAUGGCUCUAGACAAGUUUUUUUUUUUUUUCUUAAUCUAAAUUUUUUUGUAUAUGCAUACAGUUUUAAAUUUCUGAUUGUU